GUUGUUCUCGCCCUUUUCCUUCGCUGGUUGUUGCCACUACUCUCGUGCUACACUCAGUCGUGCAUUGUUACCAUUGGCACAUUGCUUAAUCAGUAAUAUCCCCACUCUAUCCUGUACAGUCCGGAGACAGUGAUAUCAAUAAACAAGAGCUUCGGGAUGUGCUGGCCAACGAAAGUCGACGAAUACCGUCCUCCUGCCCCACGCUAUGUGAGGACGACGAGGAGAUACAGCAGGACGUACUCACCAUCUCCUCCACCGGUGCGCCGCAUAGAGCGAACAUAUAUACGAAGAGCGCCUGAGCCACUACCUCCUCCGCCUCCGCCGAUGAGCCAGCUCCCUCCGCCACCACCUCCACCUCCCAUGUCGGUCUAUCCUCCUUCUACCAAGGCUCCUUCAGUUCCUCCGCCACCUCCAGCCCCGUCCUCAAAGCCACCAUCUAAGGCCCCUUCUGCAGCCCCGCCCGCUGAAGAUCCGCCAAAGGAGCCAUCUCAGGCGCCCUCCAAAGCUCCUUCGAAAGCGCCAUCGAAGGCUCCCUCCAAACCUCCCACCGAAGCUCCUUCAAAGGCGCCUUCCAAGCCUCCCACCGAAGCUCCUUCGAAAGCGCCAUCUAAGCCACCUACCGAAGCACCCUCCAAGGCCCCGUCCAAACCUCCAACCGAAGCACCUUCUAAGGCUCCUUCAAAGGCACCAUCCAAGGCCCCGUCUAAGGCGCCCAGCGCUGCACCGUCGCAAGCAAAGAGCAAGGCGCCUUCUGCUGCACCGAGUGGAACAAAGGUCGAGAGCGAGUCCGGCAGCAGCAGAGCAAGCUCUAGCAGCGGAUCCAAGUCUGGACCCAAGUCCCAUUACUCUAUGCAUGAGAAAGAAACCGAAGUACGGCGAUACAUGCGACCACGAGAUGACUGGGAGACAUAUCGUUACGUCGAUGCUCCUCCACCUCCACCUGCUGUCCGAGAAUACAGUAGAAACAGGAGCGUAAGUGGCAGACGAGACUAUGGAGGCCCACGGAGCAGCUUUGAUCGGGAACUGAAGAUCUCGAUCAAGCGAUGAUAAAUCUCGCCGGCAUGUGUUGAUGACAGAGGAGCGUGCCUGCUUCUAUUUCUCUUCUCUUCUGAAGUUUGUGUUUGCUUUAUAAGUGCACGCCUACUUCUUGACGCAUGUUUCGUAUAGCGAAGCGUUGUUACGACAGCGACUCAUGUGUGGUUCUAACGGCCG